GGGGCCCCGGGCCGAUCGAUGGUCAGUGACUCGACCUUGUCCCCCUUGACUUGUUCCAGCCGACGUCCACGUCUAUAAGAGCGGACGUCACCCAACGAGAACGUAUAGAACCGUCAAAUAAUGUCGGACCCCCAGCAGCCAGCAGCCGAGCAGACUCAGCCACCCGCGGCGGCUCCCGCCGAAGGGGAGACUGGCCCAUCCAAGAACGAGCUCAAGAAACGCGCCAAGCAGGCUGAGAAGGAGAAGAAGGCAGCUGAGAAGGCAGCUCGUCAGGCGGAGCUCGCCGCGCAGCAGGCUGCCAGCCAGGGUGAUUUCUCGAAGGAGAACUACGGCCCCCUUCCCCUCAACAAGUCCCAAUCGCGUCCGAGGCAACCCCGCUUCCAGAUCUCUACGCUCGAGGAACACGUCGGCGAGACCGUGAUCCUCCGCGCUCGCGUGCAUACCUCUCGCGGCAAGGGCAAUGUCGUCUUCCUUGUUCUUCGUCAGAGGAUCGACACUAUUCAAGCUGUCUUGACUGCCAAGCCGGAGAAGGUCUCAAAGCCGAUGGUGAAGUGGGCAAGCGGUCUCAGCGACGAGAGCAUCGUCCUAGUCGAGGGUGUCGUGACAGCAGUACCUACCCCAAUUCAGAGCACCACCAUCCACAACGCGGAAAUCCAGAUCUCCAAGAUUCACCUCAUUGCGGGUCUUUCCGCGACCUUGCCAUUCACUAUCGACGACGCAUCGCGCUCGGAAGCGGAGUUGCAGGCCGCCGACACCCAGUACAACAAGGUCCUCCUUGACACUCGCCUCAACAACCGUAUUGUCGAUCUUCGGACGCAAACGAAUCAAGCUAUCUUCAAGCUGCAGGCCGCUAUUGGCAGCCUGUUCCGUGACUAUCUGUCUGCCCGAGGCUUCACCGAGAUCCACAGUCCGAAACUGCAAGGCCAGGCCACCGAGUCGGGUGCCUCCGUUUUCAAAGUCAGCUACUUCAAAGGCAAUGCUUUCCUCGCCCAGUCUCCCCAACUUGCGAAGCAGAUGUGCAUUGCGGCUGACUUUGAGCGGGUCUACGAGAUUGGUCCCGUCUUCCGUGCUGAGGAUUCCAACACUCAUCGCCAUCUAACGGAGUUCAUGGGCCUCGAUCUGGAAAUGACCAUUGAGGAGCACUACCACGAAGUCAUGGAAUUGCUCGACGGGCUUUUCAAGAGCAUCUUCGCUGGUCUGAAGGAGCAAUAUAAGACGGAGAUUGAUGCUGUCUACCGCCAAUUCCCUGCCGAGGAGUUCAAGUGGAGGGAGGAGACCCUUGUCCUUUCGUUCAAGGAGGCCACGGACAUGCUGGUUGAGGAUGGUGUCCCCCGCGAGGACCUCGAUGACAUUAACACUGAGAACGAGAAGAGGCUUGGACGUCUCGUGAAGGCAAAAUACGACACCGACUACUACAUCAUCGAUAAGUUCCCCAUGGCUCUUCGGCCAUUCUACACCAUGCCUGACCCGAAUGACCCCACGCUGUCGAACUCAUAUGACUUCUUCAUGCGUGGCGAGGAGAUCCUCUCCGGCGCGCAGCGUAUUCACGACCCGAACCUGCUGAUCGAGAGCAUGCGCGCGAAGGGCGUCAACCCGGACGACAUGAAGGACUACAUCAACUCCUUCCGGCUCGGAUGCCCGCCGCAUGGCGGAGGAGGCAUCGGUCUCGAGCGCGUGUUGAUGCUUUUCCUCAAGCUCAACAACAUUCGUCGGGCGUCGUUGUUCCCUCGCGACCCCAAGCGCCUCGAGCCGUGAGCGGAUGCUGCGCCCUUCCCAAAGCGAAUUACCGACAUCUCCGCGCGAGGAGACGGUUGUACACGUUUCUGUUGUGUAUGCAUAUGCUAGAUAGAAUUCCACCCGCCGAAACCCGGUGCGAACAUCGAAGUGAUC